UGCAAAUAAAAUUCUCUAAAGUGGAGCAAAUAACAGCCGACUCCUAAACAGAUCUGGAAAUUAGAAAAAAAUUAAACCAAUAAUCCACAUUAAGAAGGGGUAAGAAGAGAAGGUGUAGGUGGGUUAAGGCUCUUUGGUGUGCAUGUUCUUUUUGCCUGUGUGGCAGAGCAAUGGCUUGUCAACCAGGUUGUAACGUACUGCCUUGGCUCAAUAAGACUAAGAGGGGGCCAUUGAUGCUAAUCAUCAUCUGCAUCUCUUUUGAUAUGUGUUGCACAAUAUCUGUGGAACUGUACCUCGAGUGCUGAAGCUCAAUAAGAUCAUAAUGAUCAGGGAAAGGUCGGUUCAUUUUGGCAAGAUAGUGUGCUGUUCUGAAUACAGCAUCAGUCUCAGCUAACACAGUCUCUGACACAGUUCUCGCUAUAUUUCCAAGUUGAUCCCGUCUUCCUCUUUCUGUGAGCUCCUGAGCUAUUUUGUGCGCCCUAGACGUCUCAUGUCGCCGUAUUUUGUUCCUAUAGGACUCCAGAGCUGUUUGUCUGUCACUUGUACCUGAGCUCUGGAUGUUAAAAGACACCCACUCCUCAGAUGUUGAUACCCUCUUCUCUGUGAGGACACCAGUGGACUUUGUGGCACUGCAGAUAGCACAACCUGGAUCCUUUUUCUGCUUAUAUUGGCAUUAAGACUACAGAACAGGGCCAAAUCCAAUUAAUGAACUGUUUACAACCUUCAGCCAUGGCAAAGAAUCUUUUUUUUUUUUUUUUUUUUUUAACAAUUUCAUUUUUAAAUUCACCUUAACUUUGUACAUUUAAAUUGUUUUUUUUUUUCAGCUUAAAUGUUUUCAAAUAUUACUUAACUUUCUCCACUCUACAGAACAGGGCCAAAGAGAGAGAGAGGCGGAGCGAGAGAGAGGGAGAGAGAGAGAGGCGGCGCGAGAGAGGCGGAGAGAGAGAGAGGGAGAGAGAGGCGGCGCGAGAAAAAUUUAAAUGUAGGAGUGGCGUCUCCCUGAGUCGCUAGCUGAACUCGUGUGUCGGCUAGUUACGAGCAUAUCUCCGGGAGGCCAGAAGCCCGUGUGUCGGUGGAUAGAAUCUGGAUAUGGAUAUGAUAAAUGUGAAGAAGUCAGAAGUCAGACUGACAGGCAAACAGGAAGAACAGACAUUAAACGACAGAGUCUACUGAGUGGCUCAUUUCUCAACAGGUUCCCCAACACCCGACUCAGAGCUCUUUGUGGUUUCAGUCGUCCUGAGGAAAGUCAGUAGCACCAAGGGUCUACACUGGAUCCCUGUGCCAAAGUCAGUAGUGUCGACCACUGAACUAAACUGACUCUUCUUUCUCUUGAGCUCUGUCUCCUCUCACAGGGAGAAGAUGAUCUGCUGCAUCCUGCUGCUUCUCACACUGACCUCCUGUGUCUGUGGAACAUUUGUAGUGAAUGUGACACAGAGCUCCUAUCAGGCAGAGGAGAACCACAACAUCACACUGGAGUGGAGCUUCACAACCAAACCUCACACUCCACCUGACUUCCUUAUUAUCUUCUGUGAACUGAUCACUGAUCUCAGAGACUCAGUCCUGUAUCAUCUACAUGAGGGUGUUGAGGUCCCAGAGUCUCAGGAUGAACAGUUUUCAGGACGAGUCCAGUGUGACAAAGACGUCCUCAGAGAAGGACGAAUCAGACUUCAUGUGUCCAGACUGAGGACUGAGGACUCAGGAGAGUACAGGUGUCGGGUCCUCACCUCUGAUGGGAGGAACUUUGCUAAAUGUCGACUCAACGUCUCUGCAGCUGUUGAUCAGCCUGAAACUCAGAGACCAACUGAGAGACCAGAACCAGAGAGUCGGGGAAGGAUCGGUCUCUACGCUGGACUGGGACUGACAGCAGCAGCAGCAGCAGCUCUACUGGUCAAACUCUGCUAAGUCUUUGUUUCACUAAAUCUCCUGAUGACACAGUAAACCUUUAUUCAGAGGUGUAAGAGUGAAGUUCCUGUCCAGAAUACACUUCUUCUUUCUUCAUCACAUGUAUCGUGUAUAUAUUUAUAUUGUAAAUAAACUUUAUUUAUAUAUGAGAA